UUCCCCGCUGGCCGAGAACGUGUGUGCGUGUGCAACUGUUGGCGUUAACCGCGCUGUCGUUUGGCUGAUGUGCGCGCACCCGGGGGAUGGUAAAAGCGAAAAAGUGAACACGGCUCUCCGUUAGUAAGCGGACAGUUUUCGUUAAGUAAACAACCAACUUCGGUCCGCGCGCGCACACAUUCGCUGCCUCCGGGACAUUAAAAUUCGCAGUGUGUGGUGUCCAAAAGGGAGCAGAUCCGGCACCCAGAGAUCGUGCUGGGGGAUAUUCGUUCUUAUCCGAUCAGUUUGGGUAAUUUUUUGAAAGUUUUUGGGGAUUUUUAUUCAAAUCCGCAUAUGAUUGCUGUGGAUAAAAUAUUUGCAACUCUCGAUGUUUUUUUGUGAGUGUGUGAGGUGUGAAAGUGUGUGAAAAGUUGAAAAAAUUAUCGAAAAUCCGAGUCGUCUCAACAGAAAAAAUAACGCGUGACUCAACCAGUACGUGGCGCUGGGAUAAAGCUUUACCGACAACAACACAUUUGUUGAGAGAGAAUUGAAAACCCUGUGGAAAUAAUGUGUGCAGUGGUUGUGAUUAGUGCAUAGUGUGAAUUUAGUGCUUUAUUGCAACUGAGUGCCUGCCGAUAUACGACUGCACCGUAUCCUGCAGCGCACUUUAGCGGUGGUGGUGGUGACAAGAAUUGCUUCAAAAAUUUCAACAAUUCUUAUUGGAAGUGAAAUCGACUACACAUAAAUUGUGCUGGUUACACAGCCGAAGUAAGUGGUGAAAUUUAAUUGAUUGUGUUGUUUCUGUAAAGCUGUUUACAAGGUAAAACACACGCGAGCGAGACUACGUACACGUGCGUCAAACUGAAUUGAUUUGUUUUCCAUAAUAAUUGUGUUUAUUGCGAACUAUCAGUCCUAGAAGACUGAUUUUGAUUUAGAUAAUAGACGCGUCGAGCAAUAAUUGCCAAUUUAAAUGGUUGUUUUCCUUGGCAAGACAACAACUUGAGUGACCUUCCAAGCGGUACGUAUUAUACUUCUAAGAAAUUUGUACAUUCUACAUUUGAAAAAAAAAAAAAAGAUAAUUGGAAUAGGUUUACUGUUUCGUCGCGAAUAGUUUUCGGAUAAAGUUUCCUUUUCUUUCUUUGGUUUUUGCUGCUAAUAAUUACCGAAGCCGUUGUAAGAAAUUGCUGGUGAUGAAGAGAGGGAAAAAGCCUUUUCGCCCUCUAUUUAUUAAUUUAUGAUCGAUAGAGAUGUGUACAUCAACGGGCGCGGAUGUGAUCCGAUCCGCAGUUCAAAUCUGCACGAUUCGCGUAGCUGCUCGAACAUCCUCCCCACCUUGACGAAUGUCAACAAAAAGUUGCUUCCUAGACUACACGUGGUUUUCGCUAUCAGUUCUGAGCGGUAAAACGCAUAUUUUCGUGAUCGGUCGCGUAAUUAUUCCCUUAGCUGUCUUAAGCGUAACGACGCGUACUAUCUUGUCUUCACCGGGAUGGAUUUUAACGAUACGCGCGAGAGGCCAACGAGUGGUGGGUAACGAUUCGUCCAUGAGGAUCACUAACCUGCCGGGAAGUAUGUUGCUGUUGUUGCUGCCACCACUUGCAUAACAUUUCUGCAUUUCUUGUAGAUACUCAGUGGCCCAAUGCUUCCAAAAACGCUGAACCAAAAGCUGCCACUUCUGAAGAUCAUCUAGCGUGCAGGAUUUCAGCUGGGUGUAGUCCGGUUCAGGCACGGCGAACAUCGAUGUGCCAAUAAGGAAGUGUGCCGGUGUGAGUGCAGCUAGCUCGUUGGGAUCGUCGGACAAAGGCAACAGCGGACGGGAAUUCAUCGCUGCUUCGAUUUGGUGGAGCACAGUGCAGUAGCCUUCGUACGACAGCCGCGUAUUGCCCAGGUGACGAUAGAGGUGUCGCUUCGCCGUCUUUACUGCUGCUUCCCAUAAUCCGCCGAAGUGUGGAGCCUUUGGUGGAUUGAAAUGCCAAGUGAUUCCCCGGUCAGCGCAUCUAGUAGCCACGGUGUUGCGGUGUUGUUCGUCGUUGAACAGCUCAAAAAGCUCCUUCAGUUCACGUUCUGCGCCUUCGAAGUUUUUCCCAUUAUCAGAAUGGAUGUGGGCUGGCAAUCCGCGUCGUGAUGUGAAUCGGCGUAGCGCUGCUAAGAAUCCCGCCGUUGUGAGGUCUCCUACGAGUUCCAAGUGCACAGCUUUCGUUGCGAAACACACGAAAACGCACAGAUAGCUCUUAGUAGCUGCUGCCUUCCGGUGCGCUGGCUUCAAGUAGAAUGGACCGGCGUAAUCCACUCCGGUUACAGAAAAAGGUCGGCUCGGUGUGAUGCGGGAUGGUGGAAGCUGGCCAACCGGCUGCCGGGCGAGUGCGGGAUCUUGCCGAAUACAGCGGAAGCAGUUUCUUGCAAUGCUUUUUACCAAGCGACGUCCGUCCAGUGGCCAAUACAGUUCUCUAAUGCGGGAUAGCAAUAGCCUUCCACUAGCAUGUUUCAUCUCUUCAUGAUAAUCUUCCGCAAGUAGACGGGUGAAUUUGUGGUUCUUCGGUAGAACAGCUGGAUGCUUGGACUGAUACGGUAGUUGCGACAAGUUCAAUCGUCCUCCCACCCGUAUUACUUCUUCUGUAUCCAGGAAUGGGGUAAGUUUUCGUAAAGGAGAUUGUUUCAUCAAUGCUUCUCCCUUUUUUAGCUGCUUGAUUUCCGCGGAAAAUGCAUCUUGCUGGGCUAGUCUGCAAAGCACAAUUUUUGCAGCAUCCACGUACUUGGGCGUGAUCGUCUUGGAUGCAUUGGUGUGCGGUAUCGAUCGCUGUGAUCGCGCCUUCUGCUUGGUGUUGCGCACAAAACGUAUGCAGUAUGCAAUGAUGCGUACCAUUCUGGUGAAGGAUGAAGAAAUGCCAAACCAUGGAUGAGUUUGUGUACAAACUAAAGCGGCACUCACCUGGCGUGUUUCUAGGUCCGCCUCAUCGCUUGGUUCUGGAUCUGAGCUGGGCCAAUGGGACGAAGGUUGCACAAGCCAAUCUGGACCGUUAUUCCAAAGCUGAUUCUGCGUGAAGUGUGCUGCCGACAUGCCUCGGGAAACCAAGUCAGCAGGAUUGGAUGUGCCAGGAACGUGCCUCCAUUGCCUUGGAUGAGAGUAGUGUUGCACCUCAGCUACUCGAUUUGCCACGAACGUCUUCCAGGAGUUGGGAGGUGACGCAAUCCAUUUUAGCGUCACUGUUGAGUCGGACCAGAAAAACGAUUCGGCGCACACGAUCUGCAUUGCCUCCUUGACGCGAUGAUGCAGAUGGGCGCCCAGGACAGCUGCGCUUAGUUCAAGCCUCGGCAACGUGACGCGCUUCAGUGGUGCCACUCGAGACUUCGAAGCUAAUAGGCUGAUGCGGACUUCUCCCGCCGCGCUUUCACAACGAGCGUACACACAUGCUCCGUAGGCGGCCUCCGAAGCAUCGGUAAAUGUGUGAAAUUCUACUGUUGCAUCUGAUGUGAUUAGGAACAGGUUCAUCCCAGCCGGAUUUGAGUAGCCAUAGCUCCUGCAUCAGCAUCUUAGCACGCACGAUCACCGGUGCUAUCAAUCCGAGCGGAUCGUACAUUUUGGCAAUGCUCGACAAAAUAGAUCGCUUGGUCGACGUGGCUUCAUCAGCCUCAGUGUUGGAUUCAAAACACAGCUCAUCCGAUUCAGGCUUCCACGAGAUGCCGAGUGCUUUGACCGUCUCGUUGGGUAUAAAAUGCAGCGAUGAGUGUGUGCCGAUAUACUCGGUGCUUAAGCCGGAGAGCACGCUCAGAUUAUUUGAUGUCCACUUGCGCAACUCAAACCCACCUUUGGCAAGUAGCGCUGAUAACUCCUUACGCAGCUGAACAGCUUCGCGAACGUUAUUGGCACCACCAAUGAAGUCGUCCACGUAAAAGUUUCGUUUCAGGGCUGCAGAUGCAAGCGCAUAUUCAGUCCCUUCAUCAUCUGCUAGUUGGAUAAGUGUGCGUGUAGCCAGAAACGAGGAAGGUGCUAGUCCAUAUGUAACGGUGUUGAGCUCAUAUACUUGGAUCGGAGCUUGUGGCGAAAAUCGAAAGAAUAUGCGCACCAAUCGACGAUCAUCAGAAUGCAGCAAUAUUUGUCGGUACAUUUUCGCUAUAUCUCCCACAAGUGCUAUUUGAUCCGUCAAACACGACCCUUACUUUCGUGGUGGUACUGGAGGCUUUAAAUACGGGAUGGUGCGGUAGGUAGUACGCCUGUUCAUCCCCACUAUCUUUGUUCAUGAGCGACAUGUGCCCCAGCUCCAAAUACUCCUUCAUGAAGGCAUGAUAGUCUUCCUUGAGCUGUGGGUUGCGUUCUAGCCUCCUCUCCAGCAGCUCGAAGCGUCUCAAAGCGGUAGUUUUAGACAGGCCAAGCUUUUCCGUGAAGUCGGUCUGUUUGGGCAAUCGUACAAUAUAGCGACCCGACUCGUCGCGCUGAGUGGUUUCUUUAUACAAUGUUUCGCAUCGCCGCUCAUCAGGUGAGUACGAAUCAUUGACGCUUAACUCUUCCAGCUUCCAAAAUCGUUCGAGAGACUCCUCCAGGGAUGCCAUGCAGACGAUUGUGGACGCGGCGGUGCAAUCGGUCGGAGAUGCAGGAUUCUGAGGAGAGGUGGGACCAAUCAUGACCCACCCAAAAACGCUGUUCAGCAUAGUUGGAAGGUUCGGAGCAAGCUCGUGCGAUUUUACGUUCGUAAAGAAGGAAGCGUAAUGACGGGCACCAAGGAUAAUAUCAAUCGGGGCUGAUUUAUCGAACAGUGGGUCAGCCAAAACAAAUUCCGAAGGAAUGUUCCAGCCGCGAGUGGAAACAUCAUGCGCCGGCAGAUCAGCGAUCACCUUGUCUACUAUCAGAAAAUCGACAUCCAAGUCAAAGUGUUCAACACGUGAAGCAAUUUGAGCUCGAACCGACCUCCUCACCGUUCUGGUGGAUAGUCCUGCUCCUUUGAGGGUUAUGUUAACCGUGCUACCUUUCAAAGCCAACCUCUGAGCAAGGCGAUUGCUCAUCAAAUUGGGCUGUGAUGCGCUGUCUAAGAGUGCACGCACAGGAUGCAGGAUGCCAUGUGCAUCGGUUACAUUUAGAAGUGCAGUUUGUAAUAAUAUUUGUGAAGGUGAUUGUUUUAUUGCAGCUGCGUAGCUGCGUUGUAUGCUAGCCGUGUGAUCAUCAGUGGCGUGUGUUGUGUGUGAAGGUUCAUCUUGCGCAGCUAGCAUUGGAAAUGUAGUGGAAGAUGUGCUGGGAGUGCUUUCAGUGUGAAUCAUUGUGUGAUGCGCCAAGUUGCAAUGACGACACUUGUACUGUGACGAGCAAUCGCGGGCACGGUGAUUGUCUCGCAGACAAUUCAAACACAAGCGGGCAUCAAGUACCUUACGGUACCGCUGGGCAGGAUUCAUGGCAUUAAAUCGCUGGCAUUUUGUUAUGGUGUGCGGCAUAUUGCACAACGGGCAUUUAUUAACAUCGCGGUCAGUGGUAGCAAAACUAGCAGUGCGCGGAAAAUUAGUGCGUCUUGGUGGUAUCGGUGCUUCUAUAGGUGAUGGUUCGGGUUUGUUUACUAAUAGCGUCUCGAGUACGCGCAUACGGCGGUGCAAAAAGGCAAUCAACGAAUCGUAGCUCGGAUUGUCAUUGGUCGAAGCAAAUUCUUCCCAAUCGCGUAAUGUGUUAGAGGGCAAUUUUGUGCAAAGUAAAUGCUCUAAUAUGCUGCUCCAGCCGUCAGUUUUCUCUCCCAAGUGAUUUAGGGUUUUUUUGUGACGCUCGAACUCGUCCACUAACUGGUGCAGGGUUGUCGCACUUUCCCUCUUCGCUGGAGUGAUGCCGAACAUCGCUUGUAAGUGGCGUUUUUUCAGUAAAUAUUCAUUCGAAUAUCGCUCAGCGAGUGUUUUCCAAGCUAAUUCAUAGCUGGAGGCGCUUAUUGUAAUGGCCUCGAUCACUUGCGCUGCUUCACCUUUUAGGGCUGCGCGUAGAUAAUGGAAUUUUUGUAUUGGCGGCAAAUCAACAUUAUCGUGAAUCAAACACUCAAAGGUAUCCCUAAAGGUCAGCCAUUGCAUAUAAUCGCCGUCAAACUCCGGCAGAGCGAUGGUGGGCAGUUUUAUGCCUUGUAGCGGGUUCCUACCGGCUCCUUGCUGCGACACUUCGCUGCGCGGAAUUUCUCUAUAUUUCGCUUUCAAUGCCGAUUGAACGCGAAUCAAGCGCCGUUCAAAAUCCUCCCUAAGGGCGGCAUUGUGUGUCAUCUCUUCAGCAGUGGUUGCACUGUCCUCCAGCUGCUGUUGAAGGCUCUCCAAAUCCUUGCAUAUUUGGUCAAAUUUGGCCAUACGAGUUUCCACCUCGAUAGAAUCCCUAUCGGGCUGGUAGUUUUGAAGAAACUCUUCGUAACGGGCCAAAAUGGCAAUCAAAAUCGUUCGUCUCGACGACAAAAUAAGCGGUUGAGCUGGCAUCUUACUAAAACUGCGAUUAUCGUGUGCGCGAGUGUAGUGUAAAGUGCAGUGUAACGGUCGGGCAGUGAAAGGCAAAGGUGUUUAGCACUUUAUCGAAAAAAUUGCGAAUAUUCAGGAUAUCGGCACAAUCCUGGUCACGGCACCAAUGUUUCGUCGCGAAUAGUUUUCGGAUAAAGUUUCCUUUUCUUUCUUUGGUUUUUGCUGCUAAUAAUUACCGAAGCCGUUGUAAGAAAUUGCUGGUGAUGAAGAGAGGGAAAAAGCCUUUUCGCCCUCUAUUUAUUAAUUUAUGAUCGAUAGAGAUGUGUACAUCAACGGGCGCGGAUGUGAUCCGAUCCGCAGUUCAAAUCUGCACGAUUCGCGUAGCUGCUCGAACAUUUACUUUCUGCUCCUUUCUCGAUACUGCCUAAUAUCCUAAUUGGACUAAAUUUAUCCAUCAUACUUUGCCAUUUGGUUUUUUUGUUGGGGUUUGUUGAGUAGGUUAUCAAUUACGCUCCUCAAUUUACCAUCCCAUCGAGUGCGAUGAUAUACAGAUGAUGUUUAUGCUGCCAUUAUAGAUCGCUUCAGGAUAUAUGGUUGCUGUAUCGAAGAUCUGUUACGAGCGUAAAGACAACGCUCGGAAAGUAUCGAAUAUCGAGCGCGUACCGUAUUGCGUGAGGAGAAAGGAUAUUUUUGCUUCUGCUUGGUUAAAACAAAAUGCCUUUAAGUUGUAAUGUUGGCGACAACCGCCAACAGUGACAUGGCGCCGCCAGACGGGCCCAUGCAGUACGACUCGAAAUGGUCACCGAUGAACAUUAUCAGCAUGCCGACCAAGAUCAAGCAAGAGGGCUUCAACGUAUUAAGUCAUCUAGACGUGUACCACCCGCUUGCAGUAUCGCUCCCAGCGUACGAUCAGGUGAAAUCUUCAUCGCCCUCCUCCCUGCAGCAGCUGCCGACCGUGAUCGAGCGGCUGCACGAGGAAACGGGAAGCUCACCCGACCAUCAACAUCAGCAUCUUGCACAGCAGCAGCACCAGCAGCAACACCAGCAGCAGCAACACCAGCAGCAGCAACACCAGCAGCAGCAACAACAACUGCAUCAUAACAUCGGUUCGUUGGCGCUAUCAUCCUCCAAACCGUCCAGCCAGGGUCCGGAUGAGCUGCCGAGCAAUAGCUUAGCACCGGAUGAUCUGCACGGUGGCCAGAUACCGACAACGCUUCCCCAACCCAACUCCACUAACAACAAUAACAACAACCACACACCAAACCAGAAUCAGACCACUAGCAACCAGAGCUCCACAAACUCUACCACCAGCAAUGGUGGAGCAUCGACGGUCAGCAACAGCAGUACGACUAACAGCAGCAGUCUAUCCACAUACGAUUGCAGCUCCACCACAAGUCCGACGGGCAGCCGGAACUCGAAUGUGAAGCCACCGUACAGCUAUGUGGCGUUAAUUGCAAUGGCGAUACAGAGCUCACAGAUGAAGCGUGCAACGUUGAGUGAAAUCUACGGUUACAUCACCUCCCGGUUUCCGUACUACGAGAAGAACAAGAAGGGCUGGCAGAACUCGAUCCGCCACAAUCUCAGCCUGAACGAGUGCUUCGUGAAGAUUCCGCGGGAGGGCGGUGGCGAGCGGAAGGGCAACUACUGGACGCUUGACCCGCAGUACGAGGACAUGUUCGAGAAUGGCAACUACAAGCGUCGCCGACGGAUGAAGCGCCCGUACCGGACUGGACACUACUCGAAAAUGUUCGGCGACUCGUACGUGACCAACCCGGGCAACUUUGGCCAUCGGCCGGUGUUUGCGCAGAAUCCCUAUCAGACCUAUCCACGCUACGAUGCCGGCGCACCCUGGAUGCCGACAACGCAGCUGAGCAGCUACACGUCCUGCUCGAGCCGUACUAACUACACCUACUCAGCACCGUAUAAUUUUUCGCAGCUCCAACAGUCGGUACAACCGGUAACGAUCAACACGUACGGAUCGCUGUCCAACAAUCUAGACACUUUCGCCGUUUCGGGCAGCACAACACCUCCCUGCGCACGGCGGUUCGAGCCACACUAUCCCUAUUGGGACACGACCUUACCUUUGCCGGUGGUUAAAGACGAACCGACGAAUCAGAUGAGCGUAUCCUCAUCGCAACAGAACUCCUACCAGAAGUCGUACCUGUCCCAACCCUAACGGUUAAUCGGUAACGUCGGUGACGUUCGCUCCAAUCCCCCGAGCAGUAGUGUGACGGCCGAUACGGACUCCACCAGCAACAACGACAGCUUCAUGCGUAACCUGUGGCAACUGUCGUCAGCGUACCAUCGCCGGCGUUUGCUGGAGUAAGGUAGUUAGACGCGCCGCACGUCUGUGGAAAGCUUCUAAAGCACUAUCUAUUAUUACUGAACAGACACGAUCACUCAAAGUAGGAAAACGGUAGCAAGUGAAUGCUAUUGUUGUGUAUGUCUUUUAUGCUGUGUAAAUUUGCUUUUUUCGGUUUUCUUCUUAGGUACCAUUUAUUUGUCUAACGCCUUUCAAAUAGAUGCUUAUAAGCUCAUCUCUCUUUCGAAACGGAAAAUGAUAGCUCUCCGAGGCAAAUAGUUUGAUAGCUUUGUUUAGAUCAUUUGAUCUGUUUUCUUUGUAUUUAUUAACUCGUAACACAAAUCGAUGCUACUAUCUGUAUCCUCCAGCAAAGCAAGAUGCUAACUGUACCAAACCAAACUCAAGCCCCGCAGACACAUUGGAGGCUCGGAUCCGAAGACAAGGGAAGCAUGAAAUUUACCGUCCAAAAUUUGCUAAUACAUAGUCGAAAGUUACAACGAGGCAUUUGUUUUUAUUUUGCUGAGGAAAAAAACAAAAAUGGGGUAACAAAAGGUUUUAAGGACAAGUAACGUAUAUUUGUAGUAACUCUUAGGAUUAUGUCUCUGCAGCAACUACACACAAACACUCUGUACAGCCAUCAACAAUCAAUGUGCGCGCAUUGUAAGCGUAUUGUAGAGAAUAAAAUACUGUCAAACAAAUAAA